CCAGGCUCAGUUUAGUGCAGUUGUCAGCCGAAAACCCGCUGCGGCUCCCUUCGCCCACUCCACAACAUGUCCUCCAGCCCUUCCUUCACCAUCCGUCUUGCGUGCCCGCCCAAACUCUUCCUUCAUUGCCUACCUUGCUCCAUCACCACCCACCGCGUCUGCCGAUUUCCAGUCCACGCAUUGGUUAUCGCCAUUCACGCUUCCAGCUACUGCGCAUAGCACACGCUUCCCAUCGCCCUUGUUUUCUCCGCCAAUCACCGCAAGAAGACCCUGCUCCCGCCCGACACGCUGUUCACCGACACAGCACCAACCAAUCGUGGCAAAACCGACCGACCCGAUUGAACACCAUCGAAAGCUGCCGUGUUGAAGAUGAUGCCCUCGGCUCACGCCUACGGGCACCCCCAGUUCGGUCACCAGACCGAUUCGGCCUGGAUGCACCAGCAGUCCGGCCAUCACCAGCAUCCGCAACAGCCUGGUGGCGGCAAUGGCGCCCAACAGCAGCAGCAACACCAUCAGCAGCAGCAGCAACAACAGCAACAGCAGUUCAGCCGACUCGCUGGUGGAAACCACUCCAAUGCUGUGGCGGCACCUACCGCGCACGCUCAGGAUGGCGGCCACGAGAACAUUUCCGAAGAAAACCGCCGCACCAUGGCCUUCAUUGCCGACCUGCUCAACGAAAACACCAGAGAAGCCGCACUGCUUGAGCUUAGCAAGAAGCGCGAACAGGUCCCCGAGCUUGCUCUGAUUUUGUGGCACUCUUUUGGUGUCAUGACCUCUCUGUUACAGGAGAUCAUCUCUGUCUACACGCUGCUCAACCCUUCGCAGCUUACGGCAGCUGCUUCCAACAGAGUCUGCAAUGCGUUGGCCUUGCUCCAAUGCGUUGCAUCGCACAACGACACGCGCACUCUUUUCCUCAAUGCGCAUAUCCCGCUUUUCCUCUACCCAUUUCUUAACACGACUUCCAAAUCGCGACCCUUUGAAUAUCUGCGACUUACGAGCCUCGGAGUGAUCGGGGCUCUCGUUAAGAACGACUCGUCUGAAGUGAUCAACUUCCUCCUUACGACCGAAAUCAUCCCUCUCUGCCUCCGUAUCAUGGAGACGGGCUCAGAGCUUAGCAAGACUGUAGCCAUUUUUAUCGUACAGAAGAUCUUGCUGGACGACAACGGUCUCAACUACAUUUGCGCCACCUACGAGCGCUUCUACGCCGUUGGCACUGUCCUGAGCAACAUGGUUGCGCAGCUGGUUGAAUCCCAGACUGCUCGCCUGCUCAAGCACGUUGUGCGAUGCUUCCUGCGCCUCAGCGACAAUGCCCGGGCCCGUGAGGCCUUGCGCCAGUGCCUCCCUGAGCCUCUGCGAGACGCGACAUUCUCUUCGGUUCUGCGCGACGAUGCCCCGACUAAGCGCUGCCUGGCACAGUUGCUCAUUAACCUCUCUGACAAUGUAGCGGAACCCAACUCUGCUGCUCUUUCCAACAUGUAA